GUAGUUUUAUGUCGGGCGCGGGCACGCGGGUCGACCCGACCCGACGGCAUCGGCUCGACGCAUGACGUGCCGGAGAUUAAAGAAAACAUGGUACCAAAUGGAGCGCCCACCGGUCUUGGAUGUUCUGAUGCCACUGAUCCGCCACUGAUCGAUUUCGGCGACGAUAGCGAGAAUAUUGCACAAAAGGUCGACACCCAGAAGAAGCCAGACGUUGCCACAACAAACGGUAGCACAGCCGACCCUUUGACCGUCAUGGAAACCUUCUUGAAAUACGAGGCCGGACUGGAACCCCGGGAUUAUAUCACAAAUUUUUUCAAAAUACGCGUAGAACAAGAAGACAUGCGGCGUUUGCCUGAAUACGAGUCCCUCAUCGCUACCUCACCAAUGCACUAUCAAAGGAAUCGCUACCGUGACAUAUUGCCAUACGACGCUAAUCGGGUGGUGCUCAAAUUGAUCGACCAGGCGGAGAAUGGCGAGGGCUACAUCAACGCCUCAAAUAUUGACCUCGGUGGAACGAAAUUUAUCGCCGCCCAGGCCCCUCUUCCAACCACGUUAGGCGAAUGGUGGGCCAUGAUAGAGGAAUUUGACGUUUCGCUGGUAGUUAUGCUAUGUCGACUCGUCGAGAUGAGCAAGAUCAAAUGUGAACGCUAUUGGCCGGAGACUGUUGGCGAAUCACAAAUAUACGGGGACAACUAUGAAGUCACGGUGGAAGCCGAAGAGCGGUUUGACAGCGAUGACGAGUACGUCCUGCGGCGGUUACGCUUUGAAAACAUGACAACGGGCGUGAAAAAAGUCGUGCAUCAGCUCCAUUACACGGAAUGGCCCGAUCAUGGGUGUCCGGCCGGGGAGCAUCAAUUAUUGCGGAUGAUCGACAAGAUGGCCGAGUUGCAGGAGGGCAGAACAUCACCUGUACUUGUACAUUGCAGCGCUGGAGUUGGACGAACGGGUACCAUCAUUGCCGUCAACCACGUGCGGGAGCUGAUCAAGGCAAAUAAAUUGACCGAGCUGAACUUGUACGAUCUGGUGAUGCAACUGCGGACGCAGCGCUCGUCGAUGGUCCAGACCCAGGACCAAUACCAAUUCGUGCACAAGUGCGUCGCCCACUACUGCAAGGAGCAACUGGGGCUGCCCAUCCCCGAACCAGCGCCAAAGGUCAAGCCCAAUGGCGAGACCUCGGCUGGGGGAUAUGCGCUAGCGCCACCACCACCAGUAUUUAUUCAGAAGAAAGAAGCAGUUGAAGACGAUGAUGACGAUGCGCCUACCCUGACGAGCCGGAUCGCCCUCUUGGGCCAGAGACGAGCUGAGGGCGCGCGGGACUGGCGCGAUUGGCGAACAGGUUUCGGGGAGCGGUCAAAGGCCAGCAUCUGGGAGCGGGAGAGGGCGUCCCGGCCGGGUUCACCGGCCUCCACCUCUAUGAUUUCUGCCAGCAGCUUCCCGUCAACUGUCUUCGCCCGUCACCGAGGAGAUUUCGAUUUGUUAUGCUCUUUCGGCAUAUCAGUAAUUAAAACGACCAGCGAGCUUGGCAGCUACCCCGUGAAUUUGCGAAUUGCAUUUUUCACCUUCGCCAAACCU